UUAGUUUUUGCAAAAUCAUAGCGUAUGCAAUCUAAUCGGAAAAUUUGUCUAACGAUUUGGCAUUAAAUGGUUGAACAACAUUUAAAUUAUACUUUAAAUACAAUAUAUGUUGUCACUAAUUUUUCCAAUAUAAUCUCUGAUAUAUUUUUACAAUCCUUGAGGCUACCAAUACUAAAUGUGUGAAAAUCUAUUUGCCAAAGUAAGAGCCAGAAAAAGCUCCAGAAAUGGCAGUCUGCUUAAUUGAAGCCUCUGAUUCUGUCUCCCGUCGUUUCCAGUUCGAACUCGACGGUUACCUCUCCGUGAGUGCUCCCUUUUUCCCGUUUUAUGAUGUUCUCUUAAAAUUCCCUAUAGCUAAAGUCUCUGGUGCAGUUUCGCAAACACUUGGCAUGCGCAGUCGUUCUACCUGCAGUCUUAUCCAUAACCAAUCGUGCCUUGCGUGAAUAACUGCAAUGUAGCUUUUGUUUCUUGCGUUUGAAUUCUGUUCAAAGGAAAAAGUCAUGGUGCACCUGCAUUUUCUUGCUAAGCGCAAAUGAACUAUGGAAGUUAUGCAUGAACGUAAUGCUAAUAACUUCCCACUAGAUUAGCAGUUGUUAAAAACCCUAGAUGUUGUCGGAGUAAAGGAUCAUCACAAGGUUGUUCUAGUGCGUUGUAGUUUCUUAUCCAAGACUUGUAUCAUUGGAUGAUACCAUGUGAAUCGCUAGAAAUAGGUACUCUAUGGCUAACCCAAUAACGAGAGCUUCACAAGGGGACUAGAGCAGGCUACAAUGGACGCUAGAUGAAUAGUAAAUAUGCUUGGAAUUAGAGAUGUCCAGAGCAUCCCUUUGGCAAGGGUUGCGACUUACACCAGCUCAGGAAACUGCCGUGAGUUGGAUAUUAAAGGAUGGGAUGCAACAUGUAGGAAAGCUAAUAUGUAGCGAUUUUGGGUGCUAGAAUGGACUCUGAGCCAUAACGUUGGAGAAUACUGGCUGAUCUGCUGUAUGAUUUGGGCAGCGGAUUGGAAGUUCUUUCUCCAUUGUGCCCUAGUCUCUUUCUUGAGGUGGCUGGCCUUGGCAAUUUUACUAAGAAGCACAUGUAAAGCAAGCAGAGAGAUACGAAACAGAGAGCACAUCCUUCCUUGUAUUGCUCUGCUCUGCUCUUCUCUGCUCUGCUCUGUGUUGUGAAGGUGGUGAAGCAAGCUAGGGAGAGCGAAGAUGGUUCGAGCGCCAUGCUGCGAGAAGAUGGGGCUGAAGAAGGGGCCAUGGAGCGGAGAGGAAGACCAGAUUCUGGUCAAUUACAUUCACCUCCACGGCCACGGCAACUGGCGCGCCCUCCCCAAGCUCGCCGGGCUGUUGAGGUGCGGCAAGAGCUGCAGGCUCCGGUGGACCAAUUACUUGAGGCCGGACAUCAAACGCGGCAACUUCUCCCUUCAAGAGGAACACACCAUCCUUGAACUGCACAACCUCUUGGGCAACAGAUGGUCGACGAUAGCGGCAAAAUUACCUGGCCGAACGGACAACGAGAUUAAAAAUGUGUGGCACACUCACUUGAAGAAGAGGGCCGCCGCCAACCACGACGACAGCAAUAAUAAUAAUAAUCAUCAACAACAACAGCCUACUACUAAGAAGCGACGAUCCGCCUCCAAAAAAUCCAAGACCGCCAGCGUUAAGGACGGUCAACAAACCAAACCGCCGGCGGCGGCGGAGGAGGCAGAGGCGAAGGAGGAAUUAAAGCCAUCAUCUCCAGGCGUGGCUCCUCCGCCUGCUUCGCUGCUGCGGCAGUACUCCAGCGACGACGUGUCCUCCCUGACGACGGGGGACAACGGUGGGGCCCAAAGCAACGACGCGAAGCCCGAUGAUUUUUCUUCCACGGAGGAGAUGGACGAGAGUUUUUGGUCGGAGGUUCUGUCGGCGGACAGCUCUACCUCGACCGACCACGAUUUCCCGGCGGCGGAACUUGGAUCCGGGUUAUACGAUGAUCCGUUGGCUUCGUUUGUGAGUAGUGAGGGUGAUGGGCCGGGAAGUGGUGAGGAGGCGGCGGCGGCGGCGGCGGCGGCAGGCCUGGCCCACUCGAUUGUGGACUAUACUAGCAUGGACUUUUGGUACAACCUUUUGACCGGUGACAACAAUAAGGAGUUAUCUGAACUCCCACCCAUUUGAGAUAUCUUUUGUUUGUUUUUUCUUCUUCUUAGACUUUAGGGAGGAAGGGAGGGUAUGAUUAGUGUUUAGUGAGUUCUUCCCUUUCUUGGGGCCGGUCGCGAUCCCGAUCUGAUCAUGUUUGAUUUUACGUUUUUUUAGGUUCGAUCAGUUCUCAGUUGUGAUUUUGAUGUUUAAUUUGUCGACAAAUAAUUCAAGAGUAACAAAAGGUGAACCAUCUGAAGGAUAAAUUUACAAACUUUUAACAAA